AUGAUUCAAGACAUCGGAUCCAUGCACGGCACCCAUCUUGAUGGCAGAAGACUGAAAACGAACGUUCCUGAAACCAUCUGGCCUGGAGAUGUCAUAACCUUGGGUGCUGACGUGACGAGAGGGAGCAGUAAGUUCGCUCUAACCAGGUCACCCUUUACUAAACUGCAAGGUGCUCAUGUUCGGGUAGGCAAUUUCAAGGCGCUCCAGGUCGCGAUGGACUGGGAGUGGUCAGAUGGGAUUGCGCCUUCGGAAACUCCAGCCAUACCCCCAUUCCCAAACAUGUCUCGCAACUCUUUCUCGCCAGGUUACAGCGAGGCGGAAUAUUACGAAGAGGAAUGCUCGAAGGCCUAUACCCAUGACAAAGAAGACGAGCCAUAUUACGAGGAGGAACAAGCGCAAGGCGAUUGGGAAAUUGAGGUUGUUCAAGACUCGAUUCGCGAGACAGACGUCGAGAUCGUGAUCCCACCAUCACGCACCUUUGCUGUCCCUGACUCCGACGUUUCCGACCAAGGUAGCUACAUUUCGGAUGCCGAACGCUCUCAUAUGGAAAGCCCUACCUCUAGCCCGAUCGGCCUGAGCGAUCACACUGAAGAGAAGAACAAAGCGUCUCUUGCAGCGCCGAUCAUUGAGGUUGAAAGCGACAGUACCAACUCAAGCGUCCACCUUCAUCUCACAGGCCAUGUCCCGAUGUCGACCACAAACAUCUCCGGUAAAUUCGAGCUCCACAAUGAGACCUCGAGCAUGGACGUUUCUGAUGAGGAUGGCUGCGAGGAUGACGAAGGAACAGAUCGCAAUGAUCAGGGUCAACACCUGGACGUAACGUCGCCGGCUAGCCAACGAGAACAGAGCCGUUCAGGGUCGAUAGGCAGUUCCGACAGCCCGGAAGCUCGAUCAAACGAUUCCGUCUCCGGCGCCUAUUCGAGUGAAGGUGCUCGUGCCCUAAAUCCUUCUGAUGCAGCAACGGUGAAGCCAUCGGCCGAGCCUUGCAAUGGCCCUCCCUUCAUUCAGGACAUUCGUCUCGGUGCUUUUGCAGACGACACUACUCCUGAGGAAAGCCGUUCCAACUACGCCUGGGCAGGGCACAACUCUUUCCUCUACGAACCAGUGCCAGGCAAUGCCAGCAAUGGUGCGCCGAGUGCGCCUCCUGCCACCUCAGAGACGCCAGUCAUUCCAUCUUCGACCUUCUGGCCAGACGAUAUCAACGAUGUGUGGCUCCCACAGUUUCCAGCAGCACGGAAUGAGAAACUCCCAAAGGUUGAGGUUGCAAGCGUUGUUGACCAAUUUCAUCGAAAAGGCUCCGCUGACUUGGGCAACAAUGCAUUGAAGCGUAAGGCGGAUCAAAUCUCAUCGGAAUCGACCGUUCAGGAAAAGACAGCCAUGCCGACACUGAAGUCACUCGAACCUGAGAAGCCUGCUGAUACCAACAAUGACCUCGAAAUCAAGUUGCCGACUCGUUCAGAGUCUGAUUCGAGGACUAGCGAAGAUGGACAGCUUCAGAAUGCAGAGAUGCCACAACGCAAGAAAGUCAAGAGAAGCCAGCACAAAUCCACCAAGAGCCGUGCCAGUACUGGUGGCAGCUUCGUCAAGUUUGCUGCAGCAACCGUCGCGGGUAUGGCUAUCGGAACCGUGGGCACCAUUCUUGGUCUGGCAUCUCUCCCACAAGACUAUUUCAUCUGA